AUGACCAUUAUGACAUUGUACAGCCUCCUAGUGCACCUCUUUAUACUCAUUGGACCCUUUGCUGCUGGGGCAAUUGUUAUUGUCAACGAGCAGCAUCCUCUCCCGAAGACCGGUAAUAGUGUCUGGAACACCCAAGACGAUGUACAGAAAGCGUACGAUAUGUUUGACUGCUUGCUCCUAGAUGACCAAACUAACGUGAGGUACUACACCGUAGGCUCCAGGAUGCCGAAAUCAUCCCUACUGCACACUCACGCCGACCUUGGCAACACCCUCGAACCUUCCUUGCUCGAAUCAGCCCCUUCAGUAAAACUGAUGGCAUCCAAGCCUACCCUCUGGAAGAAAGGCGUUACUUACGUUAUCGCCAUGACGGAUCCGGAUGCUCCAUCGCGCGAUGAUCCGAAAUGGUCCGAGUUUUGCCAUUGGAUCGCAAUAGGCGUGCCGACCUCAUCUGGGAUUAGCCCUACCUUUUCUGAUGAGAUCAUGGGGUACAAGCCUCCAUCACCGCCCGAGAAGACUGCGAAACAUCGGUAUGUUCUGUUGGCAUUUGCCCCUGCCAACGGUACUACUGAAAAGCUGCACUUGUCGCGGCCGAGUGCAAGAAAGCAUUGGGGAUAUGACGUUGGCAAUGAUGGAGACAAAGACACGAAAGGGGUCAGAGAAUGGGCUGCAGAGAAUGGGCUUGUUCCUGUUGGUGCCAAUUUCUUCUAUGCUCAAAACAAGAAGCAGUGA